CCAUCAGUUUUGUUUCUUUUGGGUGGUAGAAAAGUCGCACAUUGUCGGGAUUUACACAAAAUGGUUAAAGUAACUCUUUAUACAUUGCACUUCAGCCCGCCCUGUCGGGCAGUGGAAUUAACUACUAAAGCCUUGGGUAUCGAGCUAGAUCAAAAAGUUGUCAAUCUUUUGGCGGGAGAACAUUUGAAAUCCGAAUUUAUGAAGCUAAAUCCUCAGCACACUGUGCCAGUACUGGACGAUAACGGAACAAUCAUUACUGAAAGUCAUGCUAUUAUGAUUUAUUUGGUUUCAAAGUAUGGUAAAGACGACAGCCUAUAUCCGAAAGAUCUUGUCCAACAGGCGCGAGUUAAUGCUGCUCUCCAUUUUGAAUCCGGUGUAAUGUUCGCUCGGAUGAGAUUCUUGUUUGAACCAAUCCUGUUUCAAGGCAGUGGAGAACUUCCUACCGCGAAAACGGAAUAUAUUCAGAAGGCUUAUCAGCUGCUGGAGAAUACUCUUAUUGAUGACUACGUAGCUGGUAAAUCGUUAACCAUUGCUGAUUUAAGCUGUGUUUCAUCCUUCUCAUCAGUGAUUGGCGUUGUUCCACUGGAUCAAACGAAGUAUCCCAAAUGUUACGCUUGGUUGAAUCGUUUGAAGAAAUUGCCUUACUACGAGGAAGCUAACGGCAGUGGCGCCGAUGGGUUGGCAAAAGCCGUUCUCGCCAGCGUGGAAAAAAAUUCCGCUGCUAAGCUAAGCAAAUUUUGCAAAGCUAGCCUCUGUCUAAUCAUGGGUAAGGUGGUACUGUAUACGGCGAAACUGAGCCCUCCAGGGCGUUCUGUGCAAUUGACCGCCAAGGCAAUUGGUCUGGAGGUGGAAAUUCAUCCCAUUAAUUUACUGGCAGGCGAUCAUCUGAAGCCCGAAUUCGUGAAGAUGAAUCCGCAACAUACCAUCCCUCUGAUUAUUGAUGAGGACGGAACUGUCGUGUACGACAGCCAUUCGAUUAACACCUAUCUGGCUAUGAAGUACGCUAAGGGCAGCAGUUUGUACCCCGAUGACCUAGCGACUCGUGCCAAAAUUAACUCGGCACUUCAUUUCGAUUCAGGUGUGCUUUUCGCUAGGCUUCGGUUCUAUCUGGAACCUAUUCUGUACUACGGAUCUACCGAGACCCCUCAGGAUAGGAUCGACUACCUCUACAAGGCGUACGAGCUCUUGAAUGAUACUCUUACCGAUAAUUAUAUCGUUGGUAACAAACUAACGUUGGCGGAUUUGAGCUGCGUGGCCAGCAUAGCGUCCAUGCAUGCCAUCUUUCCGAUCGACGCAAAGAAGUACCCGAAAUUGGCGGCUUGGUUGGAGCGUCUUUCGAAGUUACCCUACUAUAAGACCAUCAACCAGGACGGCGCGGAAGAAUUGGCUAACUUGUACAAGGUUAAGCUUGAAGAGAAUCGUCAGAAAGCCAAGUAAUAAAUGAUCCGGUUGAAGCAGUGAUUUUGUUUGUAUUUACCAUAUCAUUGUCACUUAUUAUAUGAAGAAUACAAAAACAACGCUAUCUAAAGUGAUCACGCCAAACACAAA